AUGCCUCCACGUGGUCAUGAUGCCAAGCACCCACCACAUACACAUCCAAGAAAAAUAAAGGCUGGAAAAACUUUGAUGUCUUCCAAGUGGAUGCCCAUGAUUUUUUACUAUGAUAGAGAAGUUUCGUCCCAGGAAUCAGAAGACAAGGACUGGGACUCAGACAGUGAGAGAGAAUGUUGGGUUCAGGAUGUCGAGAUAAAGCAAUUAAAUAUUAAUAUUGAAGAAAAGAAACAAAGUAUUGAAAGCCUCCAGAAACAAGAACAUGCUGUUCAACAACAAUUUCAUGAGCUUAUUAAAGAUGGACACACAUUUGCUGAAUUUCUAACAUGUGUGUUUAAGAAGAAAAUCAGACAUUCAAAGAAAAAAGAAAUAAGAAAAAAUUAUGAGUCAGAAUCUGAGAGUGAGAGUAGUGAUUCCAGUUGGUCCUCUGAUAUGGAUGAUGAUAGCUACAAAGAGGAUGAUUCCAAAGAAAAUAAUGAAAUGACAGUUUUGGAUGACAGUAUAUGUCCUGAAGGCUGCGAGCAACAUGAUUUUGAUGCAGUGUGUAAUUUACGGGAAAGUAAAUUAAACAUUGAAGAAACACUUUUAGGAGAAAAAAAAUCAUUAGAAUUGCUGAAAAAAGAAUACGAAAUGCUCAGUAAAAAGCUUAAAGUAAUUGAUUCUGGUCUUAAGGAAGUUCAAGAAGAAAUAGAGAUCUUUCAG